CGGAGAACGUCAACAGCUCUGACGCGUUUCUGCGUCUGUUCCUCAUCCGGGAUUAAAACAGCGUCAAUUGAUUUUUCUGGGAUUAAGGAAGUUUUGUAAAUGGAGGGUUUUGUUUCCUCCGCUCAGAGUUUACAGGCUCUGUCUGCUCUGUUAUCCACUGGGCAGGAGGAAGAGGAAGAUGAAGAAGAAGAGGGCAGAAAGGGGACAGCCCUCGCAAAGCUGGGUCCUGGAAGCAUUGGUCCCCCACCCACAAAACAUAAAGAAGUGACCACUGCCUGUGUGACGAGGAACAGUAAAGAUAUCUGGAGCGAGGAGGAGGUCGCUGACGGCUCCCAGUUCGAUGAUCUGACCGACCUGCGGCCGCAGCCUGAGUAUGAAAUAAUCCUGAAGCAGAGCGUGGGGACAGAGGAUGUCUUCUUGGGCUUGAGUGGAAAGGAUCCAUCGUCCAUGUGCUGUGAAGCCAUACUGGUGAAAAUCAAACUGCCAGACACUAAAGCAACAGAUGUGGUCCUGGACGUACAAGAGAAGUUCCUUGAUCUGCGGACGCCAAAGCACAAACUGGGUCUCCAUCUCCCAAACGCCGUCCACAGACACGAGGGCAAAGCUCAAUUCUUCAGCGAGCGAGAGGAGCUGCAGGUGACGCUGAUGGUGAAACGGCCCAUGGAUUUUAUCAACAUGCAAUAAGACAGAAUGAGAAUGUCCCCAUGAGUAUUCAGAGGAAACAGAAAAUAAGUGAUGGAGACAUAAACUGUCUAUGUGAAGAGAAAUGAUCA